AUGGCGGCGGCGAUAAGGGGUGGAUGGUGCCGCUGCUCCCGGAGAUGCCUUGGCAGUGGGACCCAGUUUCUCUCUGGCUGGUGCCCUGUGCCAGUGUCUUAUGGCCCUGUCUUUCGAAUAUGCAGUCCAGGCUUAGAACUGCCGCUGGCAAAGUGUUAUUCUUCUGGAAGCAGGAAAAGUUUCCUAUCUGGCUUGUUAGAAAAUAUCAAACAAGAAUUAGCAAAAAACAAGGAAAUGAAAGAAAGUAUAAAAAAAUUCAGAGAUGAAGCUAAGAAGUUGGAAGAAUCAGAUGCACUUCAGGAAGCAAGAAGGAAAUAUAAAACCAUUGAGUCUGAAACAGUCAAAACAUCUGAAGUAAUUAAGAAAAAAAUUGGAGCAUUCACUGGUACAGUGAAAGAGAGUUUGGAUGAAGUAAGUAAAAGUGACAUUGGCCGAAAAAUUCUAGAAGGCAUGGAAGAAGCAGCCAAAACAGCCAAGCAGUCUGCAGAGUCAGUGACCAGAGGUGGGGAGAAGCUGGGCAAAACGGCUGCUUUCAAAGCCAUAUCUCAGGGAGUUGAAAGUGUGAAGAAGGAACUAGAUCAAAGCGUACUAGGACAAACAGGCCCCUACCGAAGGCCAGAGAGACUUCGAAAACGGACUGAGUUAUCUGGAGAGAAAAUCAAAGAGGAUAAAGUAUUUGAACCCAAUGAGGAAGCAAUGGGAGUUGUGCUGCACAAGGAUUCAAAAUGGUAUCAACAGUGGAAAGAUUUCAAGGACAACAAUGUCGUCUUUAAUAGAUUCUUUGAGAUGAAGAUGAAGUACGAUGAAAGCGAUAAUGCCCUCAUUCGGGCAUCUCGAGCAGUGACAGACAAGAUUACUGAUUUAGUAGGUGGCCUGUUCUCGAAGACAGAGAUGUCUGAAGUUCUGACUGAAAUCCUCAAAGUGGAUCCAGGUUUUGACAAAGAUAAAUUUCUGCAGCAAUGUGAACGGGAUAUCAUUCCCAAUGUCCUAGAGGUAGGUGUUUCAUGUGAGGCCCCUCAACACUUCUCCAGCAUUUCUGCUUCUCAAGAUUUUCAAUUUCUUAUGAAGGCCUAUCAGUGAACAUUCAUCACUAAC